AUGGAUUUUUCGGAGCAAGACGCUGAUGUAUUCGAAGAGGACCACAACGACGACAAUCGAAGCCACGAGGUCGAACAAGAUGGGGCCCACUCAUCGUCACCGUCGUCGUCGUCUUCAUCCGCCGCCUCUUCAUCAACAUCAUCAUCAUCGUCCACCUCUUCGUCCAGCAGCGCCAGUGGGAGCGCAAGCAGUGGAGGAGAAGAAGAAGAAGUGGAAGAGAAUGGCGAAGACGCAAAGAACAACAAUGGAGGGCAUCAUGGGGACGAAGAAGAUAAAGAUCUGUUUGGGUCUGAUAACGAAGAUUACUGCAAAACCCCUGCUAUUUUAUAUACUCAUUUUUCUAUACAUACUCCAACAAUUUCAUUUAAGCUCUAUGAUUUGGAUAUUACAGGCUACAUUGAUAAUUUUUAA